CGCAAAUUAGCGAGACAGGGUUUAAGUUAAUGAUGUUUUAACCAAACACAACGCUGGUAUUAAUUUUAUUUGACAUCUUCAACAAAUCAUUCUUUUAACGAAACUCAAGCAGAGAUAAAACAAACGAGGAUUAUUUCACUGUUCAUUGGAUUCAGCUGUAGGCAUUUUGACUGCAUUGUUCACGUUUUGCUCAGGAAAUUAACAUAAAAAAGAACAAUAAAACAAUUAAAUCUGCGGUAACUUGCUUGUGUUUUGUCGUAUGUGAUAUUUCUUUGAAAGACCGCUUCAUUAAAAACACAGUUCACUUCAUUGUACUAAAAUGCGUAAGAAAAGACAUAUCGGAAUAACUUGUUUUAUUAUAACACUUUAAAAGUGGUUUAUAGUAUAGAAAUAGCCUGUUUUAGUUCUGUUUAGAGUCCUAUCUUAAAUAACCGAGUUUCGAUUGUGAAAUUUCAUGGUAACGAAUCUUUUUUAUUUAUUGAAAUAGCGGACGGAUUGUGCUGUUUUCUGUAAAACUGGAGUCUGAAUAAAAGUGCUUUUACAAGGUUAGACUAAAGAGUUCGCAGAAUUAAACAGAAAUAUUUGUCUAUCACCGUUAAAAUUGUUUAGACAUGACAUGCGUCAAUUAUUUAACAGCGAGAAGUUAACAGUUUGUGUCAAGUUUCAAGUGAUCAAUUGUUAAGUGUCUCGGAUAUUUCCUGGCCACAUUCUCGACGGGUAUGGAUGUUGCCGGCGGUCGUCGGACCCGCUUUAACUAUUUGUACUACAAAUUCCGAUUGAUUGGUAAACAGUCGAGGCGAGUGGAGGACUGCCUGCUGAAAGACCCAUCACUCAGGGAGGAUCAAGUCAAAUUAAUUCUACAGUCGUUCUCAGUUCUGGACGAGAACGGGGACGGGCGGAUCUCUAAAACAGAAAUAGCGCGGGCGUACCGACUGGCGGGCUUUAACCCGACCAAAGGAGAAUUGGAGAGUAUCGUGAAAGAACAUGACGAGAAUGAUGAUGGGUAUAUCGAUUUCGAGGAAUACUUUAAUGUAAUGCGUUCGAAAAUGAUAAAGGUUGAUUUCGAAAAAGAGCGCAUGAAGACGGCGUUUCAGGUGUUGGAUACAAACAACGAUGGAUACAUCACAGCAGACGAACUUCGACACGCGCUGACACGUGCUGGUGGCCAUUUUACGGAACUUGAGAUUGCUGACAUCAUUGGCCGAGCGGAUAAAAACCACGAUGGAAAAAUUGACUAUAAAGAAUUUGUUGAUGCGGAAUUGUGCAAGUCAGUCUUCUGAAUCCAGCAACAAAAUGCGGAGAUGUGUUUCUUCGGAUUAUUUUAAGUGCAGUUCUGGAUGUUCCUGAAUGUUUAGUGUGGAUAUUUAUUAAACUUAACAUUCCAAAGAAACGUUGCAAUGAGGUUACGUUCCUCAUAUGUGCAUUUGUUUGAAGUUUCAUUUCAAAUCAGGCCACAUAUUCACUAGUUUCCUGUUGAGUUUAAGAUGAUUAUUAACCAUAAAGUUAACCAUAGCUUAGAAUCGAGACCGAUAACUGACUAAUUUAAAUGUUAAGAUCCCUUUGUUGGAGCAUUGAUAGUUAAAAUUGCUGUUCAUUGUUGAAUUUCAACAAUUUGCUAAACGGAGUCUGUGUCUAGACUUGAGACUGUCCUUAAACAGAUCAAGAACUGUUUAUUAUUUGUCGAAAAAUCGGUCUGACUAGAGCAACAAUGGUAAAGUUAGAUGUAUCUGUUAUUAAUCACCUUUAUACUAUGAGAGGGACAUAUUGUGUCAAAAAUAAAAAAUAAAUAAAAACUCUGACUUGAGACAUAAGCGGAUAUGAUUAUUGUUUUGCGAAAGGUGGUUAAAUCUUAAGAUUGUAAAGAAUCUUUGAACUGUAUUAAUAAUGCUACAUAAAUGAGGCAUUAUGAGGGCUGGUGUAAUACCUUUAUUGAAAAUACUACAUAAUGUUGUGCUAUAACUUGCAUGUUAUGUUUACUGGUUAUGCUGUGGAGUGUAUCGUGAUUUGUGUUUUUUCAAUAUACGCCACAUUUUGUACAUAGCAAAGUUUAUCAUAGUCAACCCGUAAGAUGCUCAGAAAUGAUAAUACAUGCUAUUUGUAUACCGUCCGUAUCCGAAUAUCCGACACACUGUCACGUGCAUAAAUUGGUAACGUGGCUCGCCGAGUAACCUGCCACGCAGCGUGCCCGAUGGUCGGAUUUUUCAAUCUAGAAUGAAACGAAAAAAUUGCCUUCUUUUAAUCGUCAUGGUGCGUAGUAAUAUUAAAUCAAAGUUGGCAUCAAUUAGUUCCUCUAUAAAUCACGUUUAUAACUUUUACUUAUUUUCAUAUUGUAUCCUAAUAUAAUGUAUUAAUAUAUAUUCGAGCUAUAUUAAAAUGGCUUACUUUAUUUUCCAUAAGCUACCCUAAAAAAGUAAAUAAAAGUGGUGCGUUUUCACAUGACUCAGCGUGCAUGGGGAUACCAUAACGAAUUUUCCAGCACGCCUGAUUUCACCGGAAACUCAUAUAAGGUGUGCCAAAACAUUCCGCGGGCCAUUCGGCACUCAGCGCCGGUUAAGCAUUUAAUGUUCGGUUGCAAUCGCUUAAUAUCAUUGUUCAUAAAGUAUAGAAGCAGUGAAAUAUGUGAUCUGUAAAAAUAAUAAUGCACAAUGUGCAUUGGUUUGAGGACCAUGUUUUUUUUAAGGUUUGCAGUCAAAUGUGUAAGACAAUUCGGCGUCAUAUUGUGAAACCUGUGAUAAAAGCUGUUAUGGAGAAAUUGAAAUAUCACAAACAUUGUGAAAUGUAUCAAGUCUAUUCACUGUUAAUAAAUGUAAGUACUAGUUUGUGAAUAUAUUGUGUUUGUACAUAUUUGUUCCUUUCUACUUAUUAAAUCACUUAAACGCU